CCAAUGAGCUGGGGGCGGGGGCGGGCGGCGCUGGGCUAGGCCCGCAGCGCGAGCGGAGCGCAGCGGCCGCGGCAGGAGGCGGCGGGGCCCCGCGGCGCGGCCAUGGUCGGCCGCGAGAAAGAGCUGAAGAUCCGCUUCGUGCCGGGCCGCUGCGAGCUCGUGGAGGAAGAUGUUGAUAUUCCCAGUAGGCGAGUUUUGAUUACUGGUGCUACAGGACUUCUUGGCAGAGCUGUGUUUAAAGAAUUCAAUGGAAACAAUUGGAAUGCAGUUGGCUGUGGAUACAGGAGAGCGCAGCCCAGAUUUGAACAGAUUAAUCUUCUGGACUUCACUGCCGUUCAUGACAUUAUCAAUGAUUUUCAGCCUCAUGUUAUAGUGCAUUGUGCUGCUGAGAGAAGGCCAGACGUUGUAGAAAGUCAACUGGAUGCUGCUUCUCAGCUCAAUGUGGCUGCUUCAGGGAACUUAGCAAAAGAAGCAGCUGGAAUUGGAGCGUUUCUGAUCUACAUUAGUACAGACUAUGUAUUUGAUGGAACAAGUCCUCCUUAUAAAGAGACUGAUGCACCAAAUCCCCUGAAUUUAUAUGGUAAAACGAAACUGGAGGGUGAAAAGGCAGUCCUGGAAAAUAAUCAAGAUGCUGUAGUGCUUAGGAUUCCUAUCUUGUAUGGAGAAGUAGAAAGACUGGAGGAAAGUGCUGUGACUGUUAUGUUUGAUAAAGUCCAGUUCAGUAAUAAAUCGGCCAACAUGGACCACUGGCAACAAAGAUAUCCUACUAAUGUCAAGGAUGUAGCAGCUGUUUGCAGACAGCUAGCAGAGAAGAGAAUGCUGGACCCAUCAGUAAAAGGAACAUUUCACUGGUCUGGCAAUGAACAGAUGACUAAGUAUGAAAUGGCAUGUGCGAUUGCUGAUGCUUUCAACCUUCCCAGCAGCCACUUGAGACCAAUUACUGAUUGCCCAGUUGUGGGUGCUCUUCGUCCAAGGAACGCUCAGCUAGACUGCUCCAAGCUGGAGAUGCUGGGGAUAGGUCAGAGAACCCCAUUUCGAGCUGGGAUCAAAGAAUCACUUUGGCCUUUCCUCAUUGACAAGAGAUGGAGGCAGACGGUCUUCCAUUAGUUUGUAACUUUUUUAGUAAAAGUAUGGUAUGUGGCACUUUUUUAAAAGAAAAAAAAAAGAAUAGUUUUGUAUGAGUGUUCUUAAAUUGUGACAUUUAUGAGUUUUCAUUUAAUCAGGUAAACAUAUGGUCUUGCACUAGUGAAAUUGUUAGCCAAAAAAAAAGUUCAAUGACCAAAACUGAGCCUGUUUGAAGUCAUGAAUCUUUCCUUCCAUUCGUACCAGUCUAACUUAAUAUCUAUUCCUAGUGAAUUAUGGUUCUUGGUAAUCGGUACCAUUUGAUACUAAGAAAGACCUGGAUCACCUGUAGACUUCCUUUUGGCUAAAAUAUACUGUUGAUGCUUAAGGUCCGUGCUAUUGUUAUAUAUACAGUUUCUCUUCAUUAAAGGAUAUGGUCAGUUACUUUAUCACCAACAAUCUGUGAGUUUUUUGUUUUUAACUGUUGAAGGUGUUCUGUUGAAGUUAAACUGAAGGAGGAAUCACUGAAGUUAAAUGUUUGUUUUGCUUGAGCUCUGAUCAAAAUGUUUUUAGAAAAGUGAAACUUUAUUUUUGCAAUUAUCAAGUGUACUUUUUAUGCUUGAAAUAUUUUCAGAAUGUUCUGUAUUUUGAAUGCCUGCAGCUUCAUAUUUGUAUAAUGCAUUAUAUGCAUCUGUUUUAAUGGUGACUUAAAUUUAGGAGAGGUUGGGGAGCAAAUAGUUUUGACUAUUUUGGGGGGGUUUUUUUCUGAGGGUUUUGGGAGAUUUUGUUUUGUUCUUUGGGGUUGUUUUUGUAUAAAAGCAUGAAGUAUCUUCUUUUGGGGGGUAAUAUUUGGGACUAGUAGAAUUAGUGGGAGGAAGACAUUGCUAGUCAGUCAAUGUUAAACAAGUGAGGAAAGGUAUUUCAAGAAUUUAUAGCACUGUAGCUUCUUUUGCACAGACUCUUAGAUCUUGCACUAAUGCAGCUUAUUCUGUAACAGCAAAGUGUGUCCGUUGAAGGUUUGCACCAUAAUAAUGUAACCAUAACAGUCUAUAAGCAAGCCUUUAAUCUGCUGAAGUCCAGUCCUUAAUGUUGGAUUCAGUUCCCAGUUAAAGUGGAGGAAGAACAUGCUUUUUAAAGGUUAGCCUCCAUCUGAAGUUGUUGGAAUCAACACUGUAAAUGCUCUGAGGUUGCCUGCAGAUCAUUAGUAAAACUAGGAAGAGCUGCAUUUUGAUGAUCAUUUAUUUUUCUGAGAUUUAAAUGCGGUGGGAGGGGAGGCGGGCCGGAGGCAAAUCCAUCAUUUAAUAAAAAAGGGCAGAAAGAGACAAACUAAAAGUCUUUUAAAGGUCAGCUUUCAGUUCGGUUCUUUUAAAUUCCAGCUAGCAUAUGGUAAGAGUUCAUAAUCCUGAUUUGUUUUUCAGUCUGAAAUCCAGAUGCACACAUGGUAACCUAUCUCCAAAAUUACAAUAAAUAUAUAUUGCCAGCAGCAGAAACAGUUGUUGAUUCUUUUUUUCCCGUAAGGAUUUGUUUACUCUGUCAUAAAUAUUUGUAGUUGUUCUUGAAAUCUGUGUGCCCUUUCAGUGAUUUUUUUUUUUAAUUCAAUUAACUUAUUUCCAGGGUUAGUUUAGGGUUUUUCUAUCAGUGUGCCACUGCCUCGAGAGUGAAAUAAGCGAACGUACAGAGGUUUUGAAACCAUGAGCCUGAAAUCUCCUGUGCCUGAACAUGAAGGUUCAGAGCAUAUCUUCUCCAUCUGCAGGCAAAUAACUUUUUAUUAAACUUGAUACCAUUUUUUUUAACUCACAGUAAAUAUAAACAGAUAUGAAAAAUGAACAGUGGGGUUAAUCAAAGACACACAAAAUAUGAAAGAAACACUGAAGUGGACAGUAGGCUUGCUCCUCUAGUGUGUUUUUUUUCUUGUCAUACAUAUCAGAAGUGUCAAUAUUUUAGUAAAAUCAAAUAAAUCAUCCUCUGAGUGGUUCUCUCUUUAUUUCAUUUCCACAAAGGGGACAUGUAAACAUGUUCCUAUUUUGAAGACAGCGUAUGCCAUUCUGGAUUUGUUGCUUAUGGCUAGAUCCACAAACAAAAUGGGAAUGUUACAAUACUGACCAUGGUAGCAUCUGAUUUUAUGCAGCUAGUUACCCAUUGGACUCCAUUAGCCCUGAAUUAGAUGCUAAAGAAAGGGAUAUAUGCUCAGUAUGCUUAGCAAGGAAUUGUUGAAAUGGAUAAUAAAUGCUGUGUGUGUUUUUAGGCAUAUCUGAAAUGAGACACCCUAUACUGGUUUGUGAGGAAGUAUCUUCUUUAACUCAGGAUUCAGUUUAGAAACCUUCCUUGGUAUCGUUAUCCUUCUCUGAAAACAUAUUGAAACUAAGUGUUUGAGGAGGAGGUUGUUAGAGCACUUAGCCAUUUUUUAUGAAAAGGGCGUUUUUUCCAGGAUUAUGCAAAACUGUAUCUUCCACCUACAGUGAAGUACUCUAACCAUUCAUUCCCUUCAACUGAAGUAGGUUUACUAGCACUGCAAGCAUUAUUUUAAAUUGAGCAGUUUUACCAGAAAGGAAAAAGAGGACCUCUUACUGCUUCCGUCUGAAAUGUGAAACACCUCAUAGGGAUGAUUAGGGCAUUUUAUUGGGAAGGUGAAAAUUGCAAUUUUGAAAUUUUCCUCACACUGAGGAAAUAAUUGAGUCCAAAUCUGAAUUCUCUAAGCACUGAGCUGUGAAAUAAAAUUGUAUCAUUUACCUUUCCACUUGUCCUUGUUUGUUCAGCUUCCAGCACUCUGUUAAGAGAGCACGGGCAGAGAAAUAGCUGCUUCAUUUAUCUUGGAGGAUCGAUUGACACUCUUGAGACUGAAAUACAAAUGUGCUACAGGAACAGAAUUUUGGAAUUUGUGUCUUAAAAAUGUGUGCGUAGCUUUCAGGUAACUGAAAUGGUAGCUGACCACAGAUUUUUGAGGACCCAAAUAUGGGAGUUAACUAUCAAAGUUUCUUGGUGGUUUUGAUUCUUAAAUAUGGGGAGAUGUAACCUCAUCGCCUUUUAAACUGGGACUAAACUUUACAUUUCAUCCUACAGCACGUUCUAGAGAACUCCCCAGGUUUAAAAAAAGUACGGACUUUUUUUCUUAAAAUCUUGUACAUUUACAGAAUCACUUUUGUGUUAUUUAGUAAAAUAUACAGUUGUUCAAAUAGAAAGUAAGGGGUGGGUUGGAGAACUUCUGCAUCCUAAACAGUAUUCCAGAAAGCAUUUUUGCAUAAGGUGUUGGACAAUAUAACUUGACUGUAUGUAUUGCAGCUCGCUUGUGUUGUUCCCCAGGCUGGGACUUAAUUCGUCACAUAGAGGAAAAUAUAUUAACUUGUUUGAAAAAGAAGCUUCUAGAGCUGGCUGUACCAAAGUCUUAUUAAUUUCAGAUGUUCAUAAUAAGUUUCAAAGGACUGCAAUAUGACUGGAAGAUGCAAAGAAGACAAGGGAUAUAUUAAAAAACUGUGAUUUUGUUAGUUGCACACUUGAAUAGUUGGAUGACCAAAGAUGCACAAAAAUCAGAUGUUUGAACAAUAUGAGUUUCUCCACCUCCUACUUCUUCCCUUCCCCCAAAAGCUAAGUAGUUUAGAUGCAUUAAAGGCUAUGUUCAAUAAAAACUAUAUUCCCAGCUAGACUGCAGUCCAAGAGAUUGUUGGCUAGUGGUUUUUAAAAAGAUGUUUUAGGUGCAGUCUUUAUAAUUCAAAAUAUAUUUGAAAUUAUUAUAGGAAAAUCAACCUAAAAACUUUUGAAUUAAGCAAUGGGUAAAAAUGGGUUAAAUUGGAAGCUCCUUUCAUCCAUUAUUUUUUGCAGUGACGCUCAAAAGUAUAAUCUAGAUUGAAGCUUCACUGUGUUGUUCCUUUUGACUCUGAGUUGUAGUGAAAUUCUGCCUAAACUUUGUUACAAUUAAAUGUCUUGGAAGUCCUAAGCUGAAGUAGUUAUUCCUUUUGUACAAAUGUGUGAUAACACCCGGAUUCUGUUCAGAUGACAAUGCACUUUCUUUCGGUGUAUUCAUGAUGUAAUUUAGCUAUAUAUAUAUUUAGCAAUGUAUUUUUCUGUUUUUGUUCAUAAUUAUAUUAUAAAAAAUAAAUAUGAAACUUUA